CCAGUGGGCGGUUGGGACGAGGGGGGCGGGCUGUGGGGGCGGUGACACUCGGGAAGGGGGUGGGGCGUGUUGGUGACGUCACGAGUUGAUGCGGCGGUGACAUCACGAGGAGGAGGAGGAGGACGAGAGGCGUUUAUUGCUCACGGGCUCCCGCUUCCGUCCCCGGCUGUCUCCCCUCCGUGUCUCCCCCCCCUAACAACAACACAUCGCCGCUGCUCCCCGUGUCUUCUCGCCCGCCCGCCGCUGAGCCUCUCCCCCCGCCGUCGGUUUAUGGUCUCAGGCGCGGGGCUCCCGCGAGGGGCGUCCCGUCGCGCCGCGCAGUGACCGGCGCCGGCCGCCGCCGUUGCCGCCAGGACAAUGGAUUCGGACGAGGGCUUCAUCUACGAUGAAGACGAGGUGUACAGCGAGGAGGAGACCGACGAGGACGACGACGAAGACGAGACGUCCGAGAUGGGCGAGGUGGAGAUGCAGGAGCCCGUGCUCGAGGCCGGCCAAGCCGGCGACGGGGACGAGUUCCCGCACGAGGUGCUCACGGCCGAGCAGGUGGUGCAGCACAUGGUGGAGUGCAUCAAGGAGGUGAACGAGGUGAUCGAGAUCCCCGCCACUACCACCCGCAUCCUACUCAGUCACUUCAACUGGGACAAGGAGAAGCUCAUGGAGAGGUAUUUCGAUGGCAACCUGGACAAGCUGUUUGCCGAGUGCCACGUGAUCAACCCCAACAAUCGCAAGCUGCGCUCGGCGCGGCCCACGUCCACGCGCUCCUCCUCCCAGGAGGUCUUCUGCUGGAUCUGCUACCUGACCUUCCCUCCCUCGGUCAGUCUCUGCAUGUUCGCUCGCUCGUGUCUGUGUGCCGCAACACGCGUUUAGCCCAUACACAUGCGUAGAGACCCAUAGGCUGAGAU